UGGACGAACAACACGAGCAGUGGAUCGACAUGGACAUGGGGACCCGACAGCACCAAGUGUCUUGAUUUGCAAGGCAAUACCAGGACAAAUGCAGGACGGAAACCUUGUGGUCUAUAACAACAAAACCGGUGCCUCCACAUGGUCGACCGGAACGAGUGGUCAGGGAACAGGACCGUAUACAGCGACGCUUCAAAACGAUGGCAAUCUGGUCGUAUUCGACAGCGCCAAGAAGCCUCUGUGGGUCUCACAUACCGAUGGACGACCAGUUACAGCGCUCACGAUGCAAAACGACGGAAACCUGGUCAUCUACAACGGGACAAACUUGGUCUGGGCGACAAACACGACAGCUGAUCCAACCUACUUGAACGUCGUCUACAACGUGUCGCUGGUGGUAUCUAUGCCGGCAAUGACUCGUACUUCAACGGCCGGCUCACCAUCAACACCACCGACUCGCCGGAGGUCUCUCGGUCCAGCAAGAUGCCUGGCUCCACCGCCUGUUCACCACCCAAAUCACUUCGACCGGAACAGUGACCAUUACCGACACCACUCCCGACCGUCACCACUCAGAAGCUCGGCGUGACCGGACUCUCGACCCUGAACAACCUCAAUGCAUGGGGAAAUGUCCAGUUCACUGGCUCUACCUUCACUGCUUCCAAUGCCGUCAGCUUCACCAACACCACGGCGUCCACCAGCCCCUCGACCGGUGCGCUCGUCGUUUCUGGAGGCAUCGGUGUCGGUUGCAGGAGGAGCUGAGAUCACCAAGAACCUCAAUGUCGGCGGAAACGUGAACGUUAGCGGCAACACCACGGUCCAGGGCAACCUCACUGUGCUUGGUGCCUCGACCACUAUUACGAGUCAGACGCUCACAGUGAACGACAAUUGGAUUCUCUUGAACGCCGCUCCUGCUUCGCUCUCGG